GGCUCAAGGUGUGGUGUAGGUGUGGUGUCGGCCAAACACAGCCCGUCAUGUCCAAGGCAAAGCUGGCAGGUGCUUUGGGUGUCGCGGAUCUGCUGGGGGCCGACCUGCGCACGCCCCUGCCCAAGAAGCAAGCGGCCGGCUACGCGAGCCCGGAGCUUCCCCCGAGCCCUGUCCGCGCGCCGGAGCUGGAGUUGAAGGAGGGCGUCAAGUCCCCAAAGUCGAGGCGCGCCAAGGUGAAGUCGGAAGCCAAAGAGGCGGAAGCCAAGGAGGCCAAGGAGGCCAAGCCAGAGGAGGCUGGGAAGGAUGUGGCUUCGAGGGCUGAGCCGGAGAAGCCGGCAGGGUAUCCGCGGAGACCGCUGGUGUCCACUUCAGAGACUUCGCCCAAUGCCCAGUGCACGGUUGCAGAAGGUCAAGCUUCGACCGAGAUCCGCACAAAAGUCUUCAGGAUAGGUGCUCCGCUCCUGCGGAGCACCAUCCCAGUAACGCUGGGAAAGAGCAGAGAUACCAAGCAAACGGCCGCAAGUACUGGCGAGAAGGAUGGCAGUGAUGUGGAGACGAUCCUGUCCCUGUCAGACGCAGAGGCUGUUGACGAGGGUCAUUUGUCCGUGACAUUGGACUUCCCAUGUUGAGGAAGGCAGGUGUCACGUACUUUAUUUUCUGCACGUUUGGCCCGUACGGCUUGAAAACAGCUGGGGCAUCACAGCUAGUUUCAUGAUAGUUCGGCGGUCACGAGACGUGAUCUCCAAUGUUUCACUGAAAGAAUGCCCUAGAUCGAAGCAAGGG